GCGCAGCAGGAGCAGCAGCCCAAGUCUCCCGGUGCGGGGGGCAAACCACGGGCUGAAGCUCUUCCUGCCACUUUCGUUUUUCCCUCGCUUCCCGCUCGGGAAACCAGCAACCCCCCCCCGGCCGCCCCUUCCUCUCCCGGCGGGGUGACGGGCGGGAAAACUUCCCCCUGCACCGGGUUGCCCGUCCCAGAGGCAAGAGGACGGGCGAGGCAAAGCUGCGAGAAGAGCCCAUUUCGCCCUCUUUCUAGGACGGGCAGAGAAGAGGCCGUCGGGGAAGCAGGGAAGCCCGCGGGGAGGGCGGCAAGCAAGGCCGAGAUCCGCGUCCCUGCCACCCCCGCCGAGCAAGCCCAGCUGCCGAGAGCAGGCAGGGCUUGUACGCGGCGGAUCACAUGGCGGCGGUGGCGGCUCAGCAGGAAGUUCGCUCUGUUCCUGGGUGGCGCGUCGGAGUUUCGGUCUUGCUCCGAGGCGCUCGGAGCGCGUAGCCGAUCACGGCGGGGGCUUCUAAUUUAACCAGGUCUGCUGCAUUCAUAAUCUCUUCAGUGAUGAAAUAUUGCUGGGAAGUAUGGAUAAAAAUAUUGCAGAGCAGCUUAAUAAGGCAUAUGAAGCGUUUCGACAGGCGUGUAUGGAGAGAGAUUUUGCUAGAAAAGAACUAAAGCAAAAGACAGACAGCUAUGAGAAGCAGAUACAUGAACAGCAAGAAAAAAAUGAACUUCUAAUGAGCAUUGUUGCAAAACUCAAAUUACAGUUGGCUUCUAUGACUGCCAACAGAGUCAACACACAAAGUCAAGUUCCAGUCCAUGAAGACAAUGAAAUGAGAAGAAAUGGUACCUUAUUGAACUCAGAUUUUGAUCAGCUCCAAGAAAAGCUGAAAUUGGCACUGCAAAGAGAAAAGCUUUUAAAGCAAGCUUUGCAAUUUCUGCUUCAGAAAUUUGGAAUUGGAAACAAAAAGAAAAAUUACAUUCCUCUGGAACAAUUGGAAUGUGAGAGUGUAAAAUUAAAAAAAACUGAAGAAGAUAGUAAUUUAAAGGAAAAGAAAUUUGAAUCUAUUAUCACUGCCAAAGAAGAUGAAAUAAGGAAUCUAAAAAAGCAGCUGAAAGAAAUAAAUGAAGCACAAAAUUGCGUACAGGUAUCAAGAUACGAAAAAGAGGCAAGGAGUGAAAAAUAUCCUUCGUCUAGACAGGAAUUAUCAUCAGGGGUCUCUUCUGCAUCUGUCUGUGCAAGGGAUGAACUAGAAAGUGUUUUCUGGGGCAUGAAGGAAGAAUUCAGUCGAAUACGUGCACUGGCAAGAGCACAGACGGACCAGCUGAAUAAAUGUAACCUAAGGAGAGAACCUACAACUGAAAUUCCUUUCUCCAAGCCUAUCCAGUGCACUGAUGAACAAACGGAUGACCUUUGUAAUCCAUGGGUUAAAAAGGAUACCAACAGAGAUGUACCUCAUUUCCCAUCUAUUGCGUCAAGAGGGCUGGGACCAGACGAGGAAGAAAACUCUGUGGAAUCCCUUUCUAAGCUUAAUGUCAAGUUCCCGCCUACAGAUAGUGAUACUGAAUUCUUGGAGAGCUCUCCAGAGACUACUCCAAUUCUAAACACUCUGAUGACUGAAAACAUGCUCCCAAAUCAGCCAUUUAACAUGGACCUUGGGGACCAGGAGCCUCCAUGGAACUCUUACUGCACUCAAGGCACUGACUUACUGGCACUUGCUUCUGAAGAUUCGGAACUCAGACAGUCAGGAAUAUGUGAAUUCUGUCAGAAAGUGUUCCCACCAUCUCUUACAUCCAGGGAGGAUUUUCUGAGGCAUCUGAAUUCACAUUUCAACUUGAAGUCUUAGCGUCACUAGAGAACGGACAAGUUUUAUUUAAUUUAAUUGUGGAUGCGGUCUUUGAUCUUGGUCCCAACAGAUAUACAAAUUUCAGAAUCUAAGGUGGCAUUUAUAACAGUCUGUCAAGUUCAUGCCCCACAUUAAUAUAAUUAAAAUCAGAUACAAAGCCCUAAAAUAAAUAUAUUGAAACUCCUUUUGAAUCAACAUGUUUUGAACUAAAAACUGGAGUUGCAGUGGGAUGCUGAAUAUUAUGAUCCUGUCCAAUAUAUAACAAAUGAAAAUUGGGAUCAUAUUUUAUAUAUAGAACUGAUAAGGGUGUAUCAUCAUUUGUAUUUCUAAAUAACUUUUAUUUAUUAGUAUCCUUUUUUAACAUAUGGCAUACCAGUUAAGAAGUACAUGAAAAUAAGUGCUAUGCAUUUUAGAGCUUGCAAUACACACUGACUCUUAUAUUAGGCAUUUAACUAUGAACAAUUUAUUAAAGUGAAUUUGCUUAUGUUGCCCCUUUUGUAAUAAACCAAUGACCCACGUUUCACCUA